CUCCGCCGCCACGCGGCCCGGACGAACGGGUCGUCCGUGCUGAGCCGCGACCCGGGCGUCGCCUGGUCCUACUACCGCGCGGACCCGGAGUGGGGGCGCAUCCAGGCCGUCCAGCUCAUCGGCGACCUCGAGGCCGUGCUCAAGCCCUACGACGUCUCGGUCGUGCACCUGGACGGCAUGAUCGAGGUCGUGCCGGGCCGCAUGCACAAGGGCAACGUCGUCAAGCACAUCCUCAACACGCUCGACGAGCCGCCGGACUUCCUCUUCGCCUGCGGCGACUCGAAGACGGACGAGAAGAUGUUCUCCUCCGUCUACUCGCACCUCGCGGACGCGCCGACGGCCGAGCACAACCAGGCCUACACGGUCACGGUCGGCAAGAAGGCGUCCAAGGCCCUCUUCUACCUCAACGACCACGCCCACGUCAUCGACGCCCUCGCCAAGCUCGCGAGC